UCCAGUGAAGUCGAUGCGCUUAUUUUCAGUCAUAUUUUUGGUGAAACUCACCAGCAAAGAUACAUAAAAUUUGUCUAAAUGUACAUACAUACAAAUUUUCUUACUUUUUUGGUGAUUCCAUCAUUCAAUUUAAUUAAAGUUUGUAUAACCAACAUUGCGCUUCACCCGAGGAAGGGAAAGUUAUUGACAAAAUCCUUACAAACUUGCUUGUCGUCUCUCUCUGCGUAUGAAAACUCACUCAAGUUAAUUAGAAAAGGAAAUCACAUACUUUCUGCAAUAGUACAAUAUCAGACCAGAUGUGCAUAAAGUAAAGUUCCAUGGAAGCUGAAGUAUGUAUUUUCAGUCAUUUUUCGGUGAAACUCGUCAGGAACGAUCUAGAAAUAAUUUUAUCAUAAAAUUUAAUUAAAGGAUAACCUAAAUUUCUGUAAAAAAAAGAACAGAACCAGUAAACCAAAAACUUUUUAUCAAAAAUGAAUUCGUGCAUUCGAAUCCUUGUUACCAUUGCAACCAUCCAAUCUCUCUCCGCUUCGCCCGAGGAAGCGAAAAUUAUUGACAAAAUCCUCACAAACUACAACAAACUGACCAGACCUGUGGCCCGACAUGAUGCCAAGGUGACCGUCGAGAUUGGGAUGACCCUCCUCCAAAUUAUUCAAGUUGACGAAAAACAGCAAAUUAUCACGAUCAACGCUUGGUUACAUAACCACUGGUCGGACGCAGCCCUUAUUUGGGAUCCUUUGCAGCACGAUAACAUCACCAUGGUCCGUAUUCCCGCGAAUUUGAUCUGGCAUCCUGACGUCAUGUUGCAUCGUACCGCAAAUGAGCAAAUGUUCCAGGCGGCUCAACACCGCGGUGAGCAGAACGCCAACAUCAUGAGUGACGGACUGGUCGUCUUUGUUCCCGCCAUGAUUAUCAAAACCAUCUGCAAAAUGGACGUGACCUGGUUUCCGUUUGACAGUCAGAGUUGCCACUUUCAGUUUGGCAGUUGGACAUAUUCAGAGCGGGAGUUUGAUUUACAAAUCGUCACUAACAUGAGCGACCCUACCGACGUUUCAGAGUAUGUGGCGAAUGGAGAGUGGAAACUGGUGGCUUUUACGGUUUCGAGGAUUAAUCGGAAGUACGACUGUUGUGAGGAUAGAUAUCCGUCCGUCCUGUUCAAAAUUGAGAUCAAGAGAGAGAUAUUGUAUUACUGGUUUAACUUGAUUGUCCCGGCGGGACUUAUAGGAUUUCUUGCCGUACUUGGAUUCACACUUCCGCCCGAUUCCACUGAAAAAUUAUCGCUCGGCGUCACCGUCUUGUUCUCCUUGAUUGUCUUUAUCAAUGUCAUCUCUGAAUCCAUGCCGUCCACAUCGGAUGGAAUUCCUUUGCUGGGAACGUACUUUAAUUGUGUCAUGUUCGCCAUUGCAUCCUCCGUUGUGAGCACGAUUGUUGUCAACGUGCGUAUCAGAAGUCAACACGGUCCGCAAAGGAUUGGGAGGAAAACUCAAGUCGUGUUGCUCCGCUGGUUGCCAUGGUUACUCCGGAUCGACGUAAGGAGGAAACCGAAUGAGGAGCAAAUUCAAAAAAUAAAUAAGGUUGGGAAAAGCGAUCUAAAAGCUAAUCUUCACCCGGACGUGGAUUCGAUUAAAACUGAAGUUGUUGGAAAUGUGGACAAAGACGAGUUACGGGAACAAUGGAUGUUUGCAGCGGUCGUGGUGGAGCGAUUGUGCUUCGUCAUAUCAAUCUGUUUUGCAUUUGUUUCAACUGCGAUUAUGCUAAUCUCGGCGUAUACCGAGGACUAAAUUAAACACUAGCAUUAUUUGUGUCGUAAAAUGUAUUUACGCUUAAUUUUUCAUUAUAUGUACUCAGAAAUCAUCAAAUUCUAUUAUUUAUCUCAUGUCGCUGGUGUAUCAAUCAAGCACAAAUAGAUUUAUUCCACAAUGUAUUUAAUAAUAUUGUGUUUACUUGCAUAAAAUUUAUAAGAAAUUAUGCAAACAUGCGCACGUACAUACAUGCAUAAAUUCGUGUGUAAUAUACUGAAACUCAGAAUUUUUUAUUUGCGAUAUGCAUAAAGAUGAUAACUACGCGUUAAGUAAACCUUUUGCUUACUUAUGUACAUAUGUACACACAUAUGCACGUACUUAUUGCAUAACUAGUAAUUUAAACUGCAAGUCAAAAUUAAGGACAAUAGAUACAAUUUUUAUAUCUGAAUUGUAAACUGUAAACACGGAAUUUAAGCAACCUCUGGUCAUUUAACAAUUUAAAUGUCCAUUCAUAAGCAAAUUUAGUUCAGGUUUCAGUAACUUGUGGUAAAGGUACAUGUAUGCAAAUUAAUAUUUAGUUUUGCUUGAUUAUGGAACGGUUAGCAAGUGUUCUUCUUUUUCUCAUAUUUCCACUGAAUACUUCAACCGAGCUUAAUACUACUCAAGGCCGGAUUUCGAAUGAAUUUUGUAAGUCGGAUAUGCGGGUGUAUUCACGUCGACAUCUUACUUUGCAAAACACCCCAAUUUUGUUGACAAAUUUGCGAAUAAAAAUCCCAUGAUUUUAUAUUUAACAAAAAUUUUGAGGAGAAUAGUGCAAAUUUCACAAUAUUCAAAAGUCGCAUACCUAUAUUGAUAUUGAUAUUUUUAAUUUAAAAGUUUUUCAAUGUUGU